AUGUCGUUCUCAGAAGUGACCCCGUGGCUGCGGGAGGAGCUGCAGCGGCGAGUUGGUGCUGCUACUCGCUCUCUUGUUGCUGCUGUUGUUGCAGCAGCAGAAGGGGCCCCCAAUUCGCAGCAGCUGUCGCUGCUGCUGCAGCAGCAGCUGCACUUCAAGCAGCAGGACGCGGAGGCCCUGGCCCCGGAGCUGCUGCGGAGGAUCGCAGCAGCAGAAGCUGCUGCUGCUGCUGCUGCUGCAGCAGCAGCAGCAGCAGAUGAUGAGGAUCAGCAGGAGGCGGCCGAGCCGCAGAGCGGCAGCAGAAAGAGACAACGAGAAGAUGAGACAGAACCAGCAGCAGCAGGAGCAGCAGCAGCAGCAGCAGCAGCAGAGGAGGAUGACGCAGCAGAAGCAGCAGCAUUUGCUGCUCGGCUGGCGGCGCGGGACGCGGCGUCGCAGCGGAAGGUGGGCCACGCUGCAGCGCUGGAGCGGCAGCAGCAGCAGCAGCAGCAGCAGCAGCCUGCUGCUGCUGCUGCUGCUGCUGCUGCUGCGCUGGAGAGCGUGGAAGAGCUGCUGCUGGAAGCCAAGAAGAAACCCAACGAGCUGCUGCGCUGCAGCAAAGCCUACGUGCUGCGGCUGCGGGAAGAAGCAAGAAGAUCUUAUCUGAAGCAAAGAGAAGAGCAGCAGCUGCUGCUGCAGGAGCGGAAAGUGCGGGACCGAGAGGCCUUUUACCAGCAGCUGCAGCAGCAGCAGCAGCAGCAGCUGAGUGCAGCGGAGCAGCAGCAGCUGCAGCUGCGCAAAGACGCGCUGCUGCUCGCCAAAGCAGCAGUUCAAGACCGCAAAAAUAACUCCGAGACAGAACUUUAUUUGCUGCCGGAAGCAGCAGAAAGUCUCCAGGCCAGGCUGCUGCUGCUGCAGCAAACUUUCCGCGAGACGCAGCAGCAGCAGCAGCAGCAGCAGCUCUCCGAGCAGCAGCUCCUCGAGCAGCAAAAGACCCGCGCCGCCCUCGUCCGCUUCGGCGCCAGGGACCGCAGCAGCAGCAGCAGCAGCAGCAGCAGCAGCAGCAGCAGCAGCAGCAGCAGCGAGCAGCAGCAAAAGAGCUACAAACUUGUCGACGAAACUGGAGUUGAAAUCGAAUUCGAAGUUCGAGAAACUCACGGCCUAGACUUCAACAAAGAUCUCUCCCCGCAGCAGCAGCAGCAGCAGCAACUGCUGCAGCAGCAGCAGCAGCAGCGCGAGGCCGCACAAACCAAGGCCAUCUCCCUCCAAGUCCGUCGCGCCCACUGCCCCUGCUGCUCCGCUGCUGCUGCACUGCUGCUGCACUGCUGCUGCGCUGCUGCUGCUGCGCUGCUGCUGCCUUGCUGCUGCUGCUGCUGCUGCUGCUGCCUUGCUGCUGCUGCUGCUGCUGCUGCUGCUGCUGCAGUGCGUCAUUUGGUGAAUAUUUGUCCCCUGGUGGUGGUUUUUGGUGCUAUUUUCUCGCGCGCGAGCACCUGCCGCCUGCGCCUUAGCUGCUGCUGCUGCCGCUGCUGCUGCUGCUGCUGCUGCUGCUGCUGCUGCUGCUGCUGCAGGAGCAGCGGCGGCUGCUGCCGGUGUACAGCUACCGCGAGGCCUUCCUGCGGGCCGUGGCGCAGCACCGCGUGCUGGUGGUCGUGGGCGCCACCGGCUCCGGCAAAACGACGCAGCUGCCGCAGUUUCUGCGGGAAGUGGGAUAUUCCAAAGCAGGAAUGGUUGCAUGCACGCAGCCUAGAAGGCUUGCUGCAAUGGCAGUUGCUGCUAGAGUGGCAGCAGAGUGUGGGGAGAGACUGGGGGCGGAGGUGCGAAAAAAACCAGCUAGCUAGCUCGCCGGGGCGACCCGGGGUUGGCUAG